ACAGGUUACAGAUGAAGUGAUUCAAGCAGUCGCAGGUCUGUCCGAUCUCGGCUGAAGUGGACGGAACAACUCGGUUGCGCAGUUUUCUGGACGGUGCGACGUUCACGAGCUCACAGAUGUGCAAGCAACAGCACGGCGCGAGCUGCUGGUGUCUACUUCCUGAACUCACAGCAACAGAGGAAAACAGUUUGGCACGGCAAGAUCAAGAUCAACUUUGGCUUUUAACUCCGGCGUAGCUCUGCCGCGAUGGUCGAGACUCCGGCUGGCUGUGUGUUUGAAGACAUCCAGCAUGAAGACAUCCAAGUCGAAGCGGCUGUUGGCAGAGGGACGUUUGGAGUUGUCUUCAAAGCAGUAUGGAAAGGAAAGGACGUAGCAAUCAAGACCAUUGAGAGUGACAAUGAAAGGAAUGCUUUCCUUGUUGAGCUCCGCCAGCUAUCCAGGGUGAAUCAUCCCAACAUUGUUAAACUGUAUGGCUCCUGUGACAAUCCAGUCUGUCUGGUUAUGGAGUAUGCAGAAUGUGGUUCUUUAUAUAACCUCCUGCACAGUGCAGAUCCACAGCCCCACUACACAGCAUCCCAUGCAAUGAGCUGGUGUCUGCAGUGUGCCCAAGGAGUUGCCUAUCUUCAUGCAAUGAAGCCAAAGGCCUUAAUUCACAGGGACCUCAAACCACCAAAUCUGCUCCUUGUGGCCCGUGGUACUGUGCUGAAGAUAUGUGACUUUGGAACAGCUUGUGACAUUCAGACCUACAUGACCAACAACAAAGGCAGUGCAGCCUGGAUGGCACCAGAGGUAUUUGAAGGCAGCAACUACAGCGAAAAAUGUGAUGUCUUCAGUUGGGGCAUUAUCCUGUGGGAGGUCAUCACACGCAAGAAACCAUUUGAUGAGAUUGGUGGCUCUGCAUUCUGCAUAAUGUGGGCUGUUCACAGAGGUACACGACCUCCUCUGAUCAAAGGUCUUCCAGAGCCCAUAGAGACUCUGAUGACCCGCUGCUGGGACAAAGAACCCAGCCAGAGGCCAUCCAUGAAUGAGGUCAAAAACACCAUGAGCCACCUCAUGAAGUACUUCCCAGGUUCUGAUGAACCACUCAGCCUCCCUCACCAGUCUGCAGCCAACAAAAGUGGCUCCUCAUCAGCCACAAGCACAGGCUCAUAUGCGGACUGCACCAUGAACAGUAACCGGAGUGAUGACAACACAGAAUACAAAAACUCACUUGGCAGAGAGGAAACCAUUAAAAGCUUUGAGUCCAAAUUCCCACUUCAAUUAAAACCCUCAAAGACUGCUGGAUUGCGUACAGAUCUGUCCAGGAUGUCCAGCGUAGACAAUCCACCAGGACGUUCCCAAAGCUCCUCCUACUCCACCAGUCCUGUAAUUACCUCUGGACAGUCAGAGCUAAGGAUGACUUUGAGCCCUACUGCUACCAAUGGAUUUGACAGCUCCAUACCCAUGGCCUACCUAAAACUUGAUCACCAGUUACAGCCUCUUGCUCCAUGUCCAAACUCCAAGGAGUCUAUGGCUGUAUUUGAGCAGCACAUCAGGGUGGCUCAGGAGUACCUUAAAGUCCAGUCAGAGAUUGCUCACCUUGUUAGGACAAAACAGGAGCUAAUGUCUGAGCUGGAGCAGGACCAGAGGGAGCAGCAGACUUCAUCUCGACUCAUUGAGGAACAUAGCAAGCUGCUGGAGGAAAACAGCAACUUGUCAGCCUACUGCCAGGGCCUGAAGAGCAAACUGAGCCUGAUCAAGAGCCAGAACCAGCACCACAGCUAGGACAGAUCGAUGGGCUGCAGCAGACAAGCCACAUCUCUGCUUUUGCUUUUACUCUAGUCUUUUCAGCACUGCCUUUUUCUGUGAUGGAUCAGAAGAAUCAGUUUAGGAAAGUUCAUUAUCAUGAGAAAAUAAGACUCGCUACAAAACAGGUAUCAAGACAACAUUAGAAUUAAAUUGUUAGUUUGAGAUUACAGUUUUUACAAUAUAUUUAAAGGUCUAUUUUUUUGUAAUGAAUUAUAAAAUAAUAGUAGUGUGAUAUUUUGGGGGAUAUAUGUUUGUAGCAACAGCAUCUUAACUUUAAUGGUGCUGUAUAUAACAUUUACAACCACUGGAUGCCACCAGAGCUCCAGCAUCUCAGACUAGAACAAAGGGGUGUUAGAAAUGCAGAAAGGGACUGGCAUGCAUGUACGGCUGGAUACAGAGCAGAGAAGUUCUGAUUCCAACAUACAAAGAGGGACUUACGACUUCCAUCUCUGCAAAAGACACCAUUACCCCACUCUGUCUUUAUGGAGCAGAAAGCUGUUUGUUGCUACUUUAGUGCUCAAAAUCUCACAUGUUGAACGUUUCAGCCUCUGAUUGAUAUCAGUCUGUAGCUUAAAGGAUUAAGGGCCAUGACCGAAUAGGGACCCAAAGUUGUGUCAGCUUAGCAGUGGUAGUGACUCUAUUAUGUUCAUUCUGAUGUUCUGUUUUAUCUCGGAUACCUGUCAUGCAGUGUAACAUCUGCCUAAAGCAGUCGAUAUUAGCCUCAGACUUUCUAAGGCACCCUUUCCUUAAAGCCUUCUCUUCUGAUUAGCAGGUUUUGCUGAAUUCCUUUGAUUGUGAGCAUAAACUCACCCUCUUGCUGGAGUAGGUACCUUCGGCCUGCCACAUACAGUGUCAUGUAUUUACAGAUUGCACCAUACAUUGCCACCCCUUUCACAUACGCAUUCUAUUCUGUUAAUCUGAUGACAACUAAACGGUCCAGCUGCAUGUGUGAAUGCACACGUUGGUUGUUUAUCCAUAAGUCAUGGCAGCAAUCUUACUAGGCAGGACCUUCAACUUUCAACACGGCACAAAUAUGAACUGAGCCACCACAUUAAAGAGCAGCGGUACUUUGAGUUGUGUGAAGCAAUUUUAAUGAUUUUUCCACAUUUCAGCAUCAAUAUUCAUCCAAAAACAUCACAGAGAUGCCUAAUACACAGUUUAUGUGCAAAUAAUCACAGCACACCUUUUUCAUACACUUUGCUUCACAAUUACAGCUUAAAGAAUAAUGAAACUCACCAAUAAUCAAUGUAGUCUGUGUUUUUCUCCACAAGAUGUUAAGCGUCGCUGAAGUGUAUUUCUUCCAGCUGUUUGACACUAUUUCCUCUAAAAUCUAAAUGUAUUGAUUAGUCUCAUGUGAAUGACAAAUAUCGUGUGCCUAUUGCUGCACUCUCCAGCAGUGUGGGUGGUAUGUCUGAAUGCAGCCUUGAGGACCAUUAACGGAUAAGUGACCUAUGUGUGAAAGGGGGCUUAAAUGACAAUGCCGUCACAUAAUCAGACUGAAUAACCCAGCAAUGUUCCAUGUUGCAUGCCUGAAAGGGGCUUAUGACUAGCAGUACAAACAAGUGCUCAUUUUGAUUGUGCAAUUGUUUGUGAACAGUAAUAGAUCUACAUCUAAUGGAAUGUAAAUGCCUUACUUUGACAUUUUAUUUCAUGUCUGUUUGUGUAGGGAUUGUAAGUUGUCUACACUCAUAGACCAUUGGUGUUAGUAUGUGUUUAUAUGGGUGAAAGAGAAGCACAUUGUAAACAGCUUUGUACAACCUAACAUAGGUUAAAAGGUGCUAUAUAAGUAUGAACCAAUUACAAUUUCACAAUAUACUGUUGUAAACAAAAGUGUGAAUACUCUUGUCAAGACCAAGCAUGCCAUGACAGUCCAGUGCAGAGUUUCCAAUGCGUCUUGUAACUCUUAAUUUUGUAUGAGGCAAUCAUUGAAACACGUCUUAGUAACAAGAAAAAAAAACAUGCAAUGUGGUUCUUUCAUUUAAUCAUUAUAAGUCUUUUGGAAAUAUGACUAAAUCUGUUAAGUCAAAAAUAUAAAUACAGCAACUAUCAGCUUUGGUAAUGUA